CCUCUGCCUACUAUAUAGGCGAACAGCCACUGAAUGAUGUUACUCCAUACUAUCUUUCUUUUUGAACUACUAUCACCUAUUUAUCUAUGAUAUAUCUAUCUGUCUGCUAGAUUGUUAUAUUUCCAUUACAGAUAUACCAUCAAUCAAGUUUGCUACCACAUCCUACAUCAUGAGCGUCUUCCUCCGUAACCGCCUUUCCCUACGAGCCACACCCUCCUCCUCCAUCUCCGCCCGCCAACUGGCGCCUCUUCGCAGCGCCUACUAUCCCCUGGGACAACGCCUCUACGCUCACAGCUCGUACGGGGGCGAAGGCGACACCGAAGCCCAGCAGCCCAAUAACCCGCGGAACCAGCCAACGCGAGACAUUGAGCACCCAGGUCCGCCUGCACCGGACACGGGAUCCGCGAAGAGCAGCAGCGGCAGCAGUGGCAAUAGCAAGGAGCCAUCGAACAAGGCCCAUCCGACCCUAGCUGAUGGGGAUCAGUCGCCGUAUGUCGAUAAGGAUGGGAAGACCUCGGCGGAUGCGCCCGAGGAUGUGAGACGGCAUAAUGAGGACAUUGAGAAGAGGGCGGAUCGGCCGUCGGAACGCCUUGGUUAAGUCAGUCUUUAAUUGUUAGUUAGUGCG